CGGAGCCGCUGCCGGCAGGAGAGCGGCCUCUCCCCAGUCCGUGAUGCGGGCUCGGCCGCUGUCUGCUGGCCUCCAACUCCCCAGAGGUUUUUAGAACCGCCACCCUUAGACUUGUCAUGGAAUUAAAGAAAACUACCUCCAGGGCGCACAGUGCUGCUCUCCUGCUGCCACUUUUCCUCUUACUUUGGGGAACUUCAUACUCUGAAAAUGACAGCAGCUGUUCCUCAUCCCCAUGUAAGAAUGGUGGGAGCUGUACGGAUUUGGAAGCGGGUUACAAGUGCACCUGCCCCGUGAAGCCAGUAGCCUACGUGGGCAUAAACUGUGAACACCUCUAUGAUGCGUGUGUUAAACAUGAGUGUCCUGCCGACUGGAUCUGCAGCAGGACUGCAGGACUCCUGGAAUACAAAUGCAUCUGUGUGCCUGGCUUCACAGGUACCGAUUGUGACGCUGAUAUUAAUGAGUGUGCGAGCAACCCGUGUAAAGACCCUCGGUUUGAAUGUGUGGAUAGUGUAGAUGGAUACACCUGUAAAUGCCAAACAGGACUGAAUGGAGACAGCUGCCAAACAGAAAGAUCUGUGUGCUCCAGCCAGCCCUGCCUAAAUAACGGGACAUGUGUCGAGGGUCCUGGGGACUACACCUGCGUCUGCCAGCCUGGCUUCACCGGGGCCAACUGUGGAGAUGACAUCGACGAGUGUGCCUCCAGGCCCUGCCAGAACGGAGCCAUCUGCCGAGACAGGGUGAACGAGUACGGCUGUUUCUGUGUGCCUGGCUUCCAGGGCUACAACUGUGAGAUAGACAUCAACGAGUGUGCGUCCCGGCCCUGCAAAAACAACGGCACCUGCCUGAACGAGAUGGAUCACUACUUGUGCCAGUGCAGCCCCGGCUACACAGGUAUAAACUGUGAUGCUGAAAUAGAUGAAUGCGAUUCAGACCCCUGCCAGAAUGGGGCCUCGUGCAAUGACCAUGUUGGGUUCUACACCUGCACCUGUGCCCCAGGGUACCAGGGGAUCCACUGUGAGGUGGACAUCAACGAAUGUGUGAGCCAGCCGUGCCAGCACAACGGGACCUGCCAUGACCUCGUUAACGGCUACCGUUGUGACUGCAGUGACACAGGCUUCGAGGGGGACCAGUGUGAGUUGGAUAUCCUGGAGUGUGCCUCUGCACCCUGUCAGAACAGCGCCACGUGUGUGGAGGGGAUCAAAAACUACAGCUGUGCCUGCUGGCCAGGGUACGCAGGGCAGCACUGUGAAGAGGAUGUGGAUGAGUGUGCGACAGGUCCCUGUCACAACGGAGGCGUGUGCUUUGAGCGAUCCAACCAAGCCUAUUAUGGAACAAGACCUGACUUCCCCAGCAAUUUCAGCUAUAGCCAAGCUGCCGGUUUUCUCUGUUGGUGCCAGCCAGGCUUUGCAGGGGAGACCUGCUUUACUGACGUUGAUGAGUGCGAGUCCCAGCCGUGUCAGAACGGAGGGCUCUGCCAGGACCUCGUUAAUGGCUUCCUUUGCCGUUGCCCACCGGGUUAUUCAGGUGUGGAAUGUGCUGUUAACAUCAAUGAGUGUGAGGAGGGUCCCUGCAAGAAUGGAGCUGUCUGUGAGGAUGGCAUUGCUGACUAUACCUGCCACUGUGCCCCUAGCCAGGAUGGCACUGUAUGGGGAGGGAAGAACUGCUCUGUCAAGCUCACUGGGUGCCAGACGCACGACUGCCAAAAUGAGGCCUUGUGCAUCCCAACCUACCAAGCUGAGAGCCACGGCCACCUGUGCCAGUGCCAGCCUGGUUUCUAUGAUGCCACAUGCUCAACACCAACAACAUUUUCCUUUGCUUCCAGAGGGUAUCUCCUCGUUGAGCUGCCCGUGAACAAUGAGAGCAGGAGGGACGUAGCAGGAGAUCAGCUUGCCAGCGUGUCCCUCCGGUUCCGAACCACCUUGCCCAGUGCUAUCCUUUUUUACCGAGGCCAUGAAGCUGAGUACUUGUUCCUGGAGCUCUUCGAUGGCAUUCUGCGUGCAGGACUGAAGAGGGAGGAUGUUGGGUACACGCUGCUCCUGGAGGGGCUGAGAGUUGAUGAUGGCCAGUGGCAUAAAGUUGAAGUUGCUCUGCACAGCUCUGUGCAGCUGAAGCUCUGGCAUGACUCUUGCGACGCCGGUGUCUGCCUGCGCAGCUCUCCCGUCCUGCACGGCGCUGCUCGGGUCCCGCAGGCCUUCCUGAACAUGUAUGUUGGGGGUGCCGAGCAUCCAAUGGCCAACAACACAUGGAGCCAGCAAGGCUUUGUUGGCUGCCUGGAGGACUUUCAGGUAGAUGCCGAAGCUCUGCUGCCGGCGGCUCUGCUUGGGGGCGAGUCCUCCCCGGCGCAGCAGGGCUGUGACCGUACGGAGUGGUGCCUCUCCCGGCCCUGCUUUCACGGAGGCCUGUGUGUGGACCUUUGGACAACCUUCAGGUGCGACUGUUCUAGGCCUUAUGGGGGCCCGGCUUGCUCGUACGAACGCCCCGCAGCAACAUUUGGCCUAGAGAAUUCCACCAGCUUUGCCUCUCUCGUCCUUUCUGAGAGCCUUGAUGCAAACUUCAGCAUCUCCUUUUUCAUGCGUAGUCGGAAACCUAACGGUUUGCUAUUGCAAAUCCGCAACGAAACCGACCCCUGCCUCACCAUAUACUUGAAGAAUGGCAAGCUGAAGAUAGAGAUGUUAUCUGCAGCUACUGUCACAUUCCCAGAAAAUUUAGUUGAUGGGAGAAGACAUUUGGUAGCUCUGUCUUUCCAAGGAGGAAUUGUUGGUGCUCACCAAUCAGACACAUACGUGGAGCUAGGACGGCUCGUGGCAGGACCUCUUCUAGCUGGUUAUGAAGUGUAUAUUGGUGGACAUCCUAACCCAGACAGCGCUGAUACGUGGGGAGGCUAUUUUAAAGGCUGUUUGCAAGACAUCCAGCUGAACAGCCACCAAAUACAGCUUGUUCAGGUUGAGAACUACAGUCUGCCACAGGAACUCAAUGGGACUCAAAAUGGAAAUCUGGUUACGGGUUGCAUCUCUGAUAACACCUGCAAGUCUGAACCAUGCCAGAAUGGUGGCAGAUGCAUGGUCACUUGGAAUGAUUUCCAUUGCAGCUGUCCAGCAAAUUUUACUGGGAAAUUUUGUGAGGAGAGAGUCUGGUGUGAAAGUGACCCAUGCCCUGAAGCUACCACUUGUAUAGAUGUUCUAGCAGGAUACGUGUGUCUGGCUAAUGCAACAUUUAAUAGUGAGGCUGCCAUUGAGUUUACCACCAAUACCUCGGUGACUCGAACUCUGAGCAGCCUCCACGUGGAUUUCAGGACCAGGGAUGAAGAUGCUGUUUUGCUUCGGGCUGUGGAAGAGGUGGAUUCCCUCCAGAUAGCCAUUAAGAACUCCUCCCUGGUUGUUGACAUCAGGAGCGGGAACAGCAUCGAAGGCAUCAGGUUCGUGAGCCAGGAGGCGGUGACGGACGGGGCCUGGCACAGCUUGGCCGUGGCCAUGGAGGAGCCGGCUGCGCCCGCCUCCGCGUGGCUGCUGCGCUUGGACGGCGCCGGGAACGUCACCCUGCAGGGGAGCGCCGGGAGCUUGGACUUCCUGAAGAACCAGGCGCCGGUCCUUGUGGCCGAAAACUUCACCGGGUGCCUGGGACGGGUGCAGGUAGGGGGGAUCCACCUGCCCCUCGCUGCGCCCCUCUCGUACCCCCAGGCCGAGCAGUUCUGGCGCGUCGGCCGAGGCAGCGUCCGGCUGGGCUGCGCCGGGGCCGACGUCUGCGCUUCCAACCCCUGCCUCAAUGCUGGCACCUGCCAGGACUUGUUCAACUCCUUCCGCUGCGCCUGCGGCGCCGGCUGGGGGGGGCUGCUCUGCCAGGCCGACAUCGACGACUGCCAGUCGGGCCCCUGUGUUCACGGGGACUGCGUCGAUGCGGUGGCCGACUUCCAGUGCGAAUGCUUCCGGGGCUUCAUCGGGAAGACGUGCGACAUCAACGUCGAUGACUGCGUGCGGCACCAGUGCCUCAAUGGAGCCACCUGCAUCGAUGGGGUGUACGGCUACUCCUGCAAGUGCCCCCCUCAGUAUUCGGGACCUCACUGCGAGUGGCCGUUCCCACCGGAGCAGUGCGGGGAGAACUUCACCUGCCUGAACGGCGGCGAGUGCGUCAGCGAGAGCUGGGGAGCCAACUGCUCCUGCAGGCCGGGUUUCACGGGAAGGAAUUGUCAAAUUAAUAUAAACGAGUGUGAUCCAAACCCUUGCCAGAACGGAGGUACGUGUCAAGACUCUGAGAACAAAUACGAGUGUUUGUGCAGCUCCAGCUACACCGGAGAGCGCUGCGACAUUAACCAGCCGGUCUGGGCCCAUCUUAGCAACUCCUCCGUGGUGGGCGCCGUCGGGGCGGCGGGGGCUGCCCUGCUCCUCGCAGUUGUUGCAGGCAGUUGUUGCAGCCACAGCCAUUGCCAUGAAGAGGAGGAGAGCAACUCAGGGAACAUACAGCCCGAGCCGUCAAGAGAAAGAUGGGGCGCGAGUGGAAAUGUGGAACGUGAUCAAGAUGCCACCGACCGAGCGGCUGAUCUAAGAACCGGGGUCAUCCCUAAACUCACGGAGCUGCUGCAGCGUGUGGGUCGCUGCUCUCGGGGGCGGUGCCGUAGGACAGCUCUGUCCUGCUCCGAACUGCUUCACAGGCUGCAGGAACUGCCUGCCCGGCCUCGGCAGGAGCCUCAACUGCUUGAAUGAGCUUGGUUAGUGUAGUGCAUCCCAUAAAUGAUUUGUGUAAAAAAAGUUCUGGAGGGGGCAGUGGGGGUGAGGAGGGUUGUGGCGGCAGCACGGGUCCAGGGGAGGUGGGACGGGAGGCGGCGGCAGGCACCCCCAGGGGCUGGGCCUGAUUGUGGGGCUCCCGGCAGGUCGAGGGGCCGGAGGUGAAACCACUGCGCUCAGAACUAACGUGAAUAACGUGGUGGUGUCAGAGCCCACGUGCCUGGGCGAGGGUCCGGCAGGAGAGAGCUCCUAGAGCCGCUGCCCCGGGUCGGAUGACGUUACCAGACAGCGAGUACCAGCCUGCUCUACUGGACGCUUCCGAGACUGAACCCCAGGAAUGGUUUAAGUGCCUUUCUGAGACUGAGUUGCCAGUGACAUUAUUAAUUGAGGGGAGGAUGUUUGUAUGUAGAAAAACGCAUCACUUCCUCGGGCAGGCUUCGCACCAGGUGGAGGGGAGGCGCUGGCUGGUCUCCCCAUCUGCUCCCGGUGGUGGAAGAAGCCCAGUGGCUGCGCAGAGCCCUGUCCCCGGCGCCGCGGGCUGGGCCCUGCACAGGAGGGGAACGGAGGUCACGAAGGCGUGACCUUGGGCACGAAGCCAGGGUGCGUGGGGUGGUGAGACACGGCAUUCACUUUCCACGUUGCCCUAAAAAAAAGAUCCUGAUUUUUGUGACUUUGCUUCUCCUUUGUUACUGUUUUAGUGUGCUUUUUCUUCAGCAUAAUGUGGCAGAGCCUGUGGAAAGAAAUGCAGCAGAGCAGGACGACUAAGGUCCAAAAUCAUUAGCAUUUCGGGAUAAUUACUACAACUAUCAAUGAGAAGUAUUUUAGAAAGCAGUGUCUGCUUUUUAAUCUCCAAAACACUAUUAAUAAGCAGGGUGUGAAUCUGCCCACCAUAGCUAAUUUGCCAGUGGAAGAAAAUUCUGUUUUGCUUUUGGAUUUUGUUUUGUUUCGUUUUACUGUAGCUGUCAAUUUUUCUGUAAUUCUAAGCAAAGGGAAGAGCAUGAAACUACUGAUCAGGGCUGUCUGCUUAGGUUUUCUGCACACACGCAACUGCUGCUACAGGAUGAAGAAUAAAAAUUCUGGAAAA